AUGUAUCUCCGAAGCAGAAAAGCAACUCGUCGCUCUCGACUUAAAACUCCAAAGGCCCCCCGGGACCCAAAGACUAUGGAAACACCACAGUCUGAAGACUCUGUCGCUCCUUUGGUCAAGGACGAGGUGUCUGAGGAGAAGGAGCCGAGAUACCUGGAGGAUAUCGUGGCAGACCAUAUCGCGUACCCUCUAUGUCGAGCCUUAUGGCGGUUUCUUUUGUUCCCUCUCUGGCAAUGGGUAAUUCGACCAACUCUCUGGGAGUAUUUAUUGCGUCCCGUUCUCUGGGAGAGAAUUAUGCGACAAGGUCUCUGGGAGGGAUUGUCUCGACGAAUCAUCUUUGAGGGAGUCGUGAAGCAAAUUCUCUUCCACGGACUCGUACAAAGCUUUCUCGGAGAAACAGUGUUUGGUCCUCUAUACCGGAUGUGUGAGGCAGCAGUGUUUCCUCGAGUACAGUGGUUCUGGAUGACCGUUGUGUUCCCUCUUUACCGGCAACUCGUACAGAAAUUACCUGCGUCUGCACGACGUAAGAUCAAGUCGAUACUGUCUCCUAUUUACCAAGAACUGGAGGAUAUAUCAGGUCCCUUCCGAGAAAUGAUCUGGGACCCAAUACUGUAUCCUAUCGUGGACCAAAUACGCCCCGAAGAGCUGUUGUCGUUUCUCUUUGUCCUGAAAAUCUCGACCAAUAUCACUUCCGCCUCGGAUCAAGCAUACCUCUUUGCACGCGGAUAUCGACCCGACACAGAAGAGUUCUCGGAGCGUUCAGACACAGAGUUUGGUCAGAUCCCUUUUCAAGACAAGUAUUCUUGGUGUUGGUUACUUCAAUGGAUAGUAUGGAUUCUGUGGGCAUGA